CAGCUAUGGAGUCACUUUCUAUUGGGCAAGUAAUCUCUGCAACCCAUCAAGGUUCCCAAAGGAGAAGAAACCCAACAAACUCAAUUCGUAGAAGAAGGACUCACACCCAAACUGUGAGUUUUCGCUUCAGUAUUCUCUCCAAAAAGUCUGAUUUCCAAGAUUUUCUGGACUAUGCAAAACCUUCACGUCUCUUGCCAACCAAAGAAGUGAUAGUCCAGACAGAUACCUCAGCAGAAAAGAUUUUUACAUCUUUCAAGGUGGAUGGAUCUCAGUGUUUAUUCAAGAUCAAUCUAGGUACUAGUGACAUCUAUGGCUCAGGUCUGAGUGAUGUGAAUGCCGGGAUUCUCGUAUGCUUGAUAGGUGAAAAUGGUGAUUCCAUAUUACAGAGGAUACCAGCCAGUCUGAUGACUGAUCAGUCUACGAAAUCAGAGGAUGUGCUUGACCCAGACAUACUACAUUUCCAAAGAGGUUCUGUUGAUGAGUUCAUCUUUGGGGGACCCAAUCUGGGAAGAGUUGAAGCUCUUUGGAUCAGUCUUGAAUCAGGUCAGUGGAGAUUAGGAAGUGUGAGCCUGGCAGUUAUUUGUGGGUGUCAACUUUCACUCGAAGAACAACAUGGAGAUGAACUCAAGUAUAGUGGUUUCCAAUACGAUUUUCAAACUGAGGAUCUUUUGCUUGGGGAGGGAGGUGGCAUAUCCAUGACGGAACUUAGACCUUGCUUUGCUACAAAAUUCUCUGGGGUCGACUCCUUCGCGGUCUUUGGCAAAAGCCUCUCACAACCAAAUUUACUCAAGAGUAAUGGUGGGAUAUCAAAUGAGGAAAGCAUGAGGGAAUAUGCAGACUUGAAGAUCUCUUUGCUACUUUAUGAUGCCAUGUUGAUCUUUGUCGGUACAUCAGUGGCAUCUUUUUCGGCCGGGGAAAGCACUGCUUUUGCAUUCUUUACUGGUGGUGUUGGAGGCUUCUUGUAUCUGUUGCUAUUACAGAGGUCUGUUGAUGGUUUGCCUUCUCCAACACCUCCAGCAUCUAUUUCCAGCAAGACACAAGGGUCUGAUCGAAUGUCUGUAGCAUUCAAUGUCCCGAUAUCAAGCCUGGCAUUGGUGAUUGGGGUUGCCUUAUUCCUAGUGAAGUAUAGCUCUGGAGAUUUUCCCAUGGCAUUGACUCCAAAAGAACUCGUGGUUGGUAUGGCGGGAUUUCUUGCAUGUAAAGUGGCAGUGGUGUUGGCAGCAUUAAAGCCCAUGCCAUUGGGUCUAAAGAUAAACAAGUGAGAUAAUAGUUCUGUUUUUCUCACAAUGGGUGUGAGAGAGGAGAAUUUGUGAAUGUAUUUAGAAUCAAAUUUGAGUCACCCAUCUGUAUAUCUAUUCAGGAAAACGUUUAUUAUAGCUACAGUUUUUCUCCUUGAGAGGAACUGAUUACUUCUAACACAUAUAUAAUCCAUUCUUGUUUUC